AUAAUGCACUACUCCAUAGACAAAAUGGCGGGCUUGGGCGACCAAGGAGACAGGAGAAAACUAAUUUAUGUCUAAAUUUUACGAGCCAGGCUAUAUGAGCUCUAGAUUUAGAAGCUCAUUAAGUCUUGCUAGGAUAAAAAAUAUCUGAGGAAAUCUCUUUCGAUGGCUUGUAUGGAGAACAAGUUGGCGUAUCCAGGAAAAAGUGUAGGUAUGGAAGACACAACACUUACCCUGGAACAAAUUGAGCAUGUGCCUCAGGUCCCGAGAGAAUUCUCUUCUGUAAGGAUACGGGAGUUUGAUGACAGUACUGCCAACCCUGAACCAAUAGCACAAGAUGAAGAGGCAGACCAGUUAUUGGAAGAAUUCCUGUCGCCAUCAAAACUGAGAUCCCUAACUGGCUUUAAGAAUCUUGAUGAAGUUGAAUACCUUGAAAUGAAAGUUGAUACAAGAGAAAAUAGUCUUGGAAAUUUUGGUGCUCUGCUGCCUAACUUGACUGAGCUUAAAUUGUCUAACAGUAUAAUAGCUACUGUAAGAGACCUUGGAACCUCUUUGACUAAUCUAAAGACCCUUUGGCUAUCAAGAGCUGGACUGAGUGAUUUAGAUGGCAUUAGUUCAGUGUCCUCUUUAAAGGAGUUGUACUUGGCAUUUAAUCACAUAGAAGAUGUCAGCCCUGUCAGCAUGCUGGACCAACUGGAGAUUCUUGACUUAGAGGGCAACAAUGUGAGUGACAUCACUCAGGUGGAGUUUUUGUGCCUGUGUUCGUCAUUGAAGAUCUUGACUUUAGAAGGCAAUCCAAUCUGCACCGCUCCAAAUGCACUCUCAUCGCAGGAGGAAAUAAGAAGUUAUGAUUAUCGUAGUGCAAUUCACAAAGUUGUUCCCAAUGUCAAAAUACUGGAUGAUGAGCCUUUCUUGGUAGAAAAAGUUGAUGGGAAACCUGUGUUGCGGCAGCCUCCAGCAUCGCACAGGCCUAACAAGGUUCCAGAGCAUCUCAAGGCAGACUGGCAGCUGGUCAGUGAAGGAAUCAAGGCAAUUAACAUUGAUGAAGAGGAGGAAAGUUCAUUUGAUAUGGUAAGACCAGGUUCAGCUGCUGAUACAUCAAGACAAGACAGGCCCUCAAGUGCCAUGUCUACAAGGCCACGUCCAAUGUCAGCCUCACGGCAGAGACCAGCCAGUGCCAUGGGGCCACGGCCCGGCUCUGCGGGAGGAGGCUUAGAAGCAAUUGGAGUUUUUCACCAGGAUGAUAGCAGUGAUCUCACUCACGGUUCCAGUCAGGUUAUUUGCGGGAAUAUAUCACGAGCACUAAAGUCAAGACGAAAGGAUAUGAAAACACCCAGGAUCCCCGUGGUAGCUUUUCUAGAGAGUCCUCGGCUUUACACACCUGAGAAGAGUUUCGAGGAAGACACAGAGCCAUCAGCGAGCAAAAAUGACAUACUUGAAGAACUCAAAGCUUGGAGAGACGAGUAUUCCAAGAUGUUAAACGACGAAAAAAUCACACUAGCCACCAACAGGGAGGACAAAUGUAUUGUAUCUCAUGGCGAGGUUACAUCUACCACGGAACAAGAAGCACCCACAACACCUACCUACUCUCCGUCCCCUCCCAGGAAAGCCACUCGUCGCCCUGUUAGCCCUUCUGCUGUACGCCGCUCUCUCCCUACUCCUCCCCUCGUGGGAAAGGAAAUUAACAGACCCAAUACUGCUGCAGACUUCAGGAUGCGAAGAUACCGGCAGCUUUCCGGUGAGACAAGUGUGAAUCAAUUAAGACUCCGAACCCUUCACGGAGACGAGAGUUUCGAAGUGGACAAGAAUACAUCGACUCCUUCUUUGGACACCAGACGCUCUCCGCCUUUAGUGAUCGAAGAAGACUCAGAACCACGCUCUUCGUCUGCACCUGUACGAAUCAACCGGCGGACGAGAUCAAUGACAGGAAAUUUUGUAGUCAAUAACAUGAUACAUGGGUAGGUAACUUUUAUGGACCAUAAAGGAUUUCAAUCUAAAAGUUAAAUGGCCUUCAAACAUUACAUUGGAGGAAAAUGAAACGAGUUAAACAAAGUGCUGUUUAUAGCACCUCGCAACUCCACAAAUGUGUGACGAAAUAUGAUUAUUAUUCUUAGUCUUCUUAAGAAACAGUAAUUAUAAUGCUACAAGAAAGAAAGUUAUUUAACAAAUUACUGAAGCAAUAUAUUCGUUUUAUAAUCGAGUUCGAGGUCUGGACAGAUUGCUCGAGGCGUGGUUAAGCCAGUUCAAGAUUAGGGUAAAUUUUGAUCAGUUCAGUCUUAUAAAUUUUCAGGUGAGGUUUACUGUUAACAUUUGCUGUCAACUUUUGCUGAUCACCUUUUAAUCCGCAACCUGAUCAUGAUGACAGUGAACGAGCUUUUUCCUGCAAAAUGUUUCGCCGUAAAUCGACGGAAAAUUUUUACAGAACCGAUCAAGAAAACGAGAGUACAUAUGUUGCAUCUCUCGCUCAAAAGAGAGGAAAAACGGGUUAAGCCUGGGGGAGAACAGACUGUAGAAUUAGCCAAUCAAAACGCUUGUCCUGUCUCAGAUACUUCUGUUUGUUUGCAGGGAGACUUCCACAAAAGAUGGCACCAGACCCUCCCGUAAACUUCCUGACCCAGUGUUAUUGGGACAAAGACCUGGAACAGCAGCCGCUGCCCU